UCUGCCUUUCCGUGCCCCACUUCCUCACAAAUUCUCUCUCUUUAUUUCUCUGUGAGCUUCACGCCGCUGCCAAGCCCCUCCAGUCUACACCAGCGAAACCACCUCCCCACGUGAAGUCCAGAAGCCACGUCUCCUUCUUCAGCCACCACGUUGCUGCCGUCUCCUUCCCUCAGCCCCCUAUAGCACCAAACAACAGCCUCCACGCACGUCCAGCAUGCCACCAUAUCUCCUCCACAGAUGAGCAACCGACGGCAAGUCGCAGUCCCACGGAGCCGCUCUAAGCCACCAUCACUCCUCCACGUCCAAGCCACCAAGGUUGCAACGCACGGCAACCUUUGUGUUGUAGAAACUGACGCCACAGCUUGGCCACGAGAAAUCAAGUUGCACCACCCAACCGCUGCCUUGCACCACCACUACACACCCUCUGUAAAAACACCGUAAACCUCUGUUUUCCCUACACCGAAACAGAGCACCCAAGCCAUGCACAACCCUUCCACACGGACGUCGCGGCCAACAGCCACCGUGUAAGCCCAGAUCCUCCGUGUAUCCUCCAUCAAGAAGUCUCUGUCGCUGACGACUUUUGCUUCAGCCACUGGGUCUUUCUGCCCCUCUCGGUAAGAGCUCGGCCUCCGUUGAACUCAGCCAAGUUGGCCGCCGUUGAUCUCAGCCAAGCUUGGAAGCCCGCAUAGCCUCAGCCUCCGUCGCACGGUGCUCUUCCCUUGAACGGGGCGUUUUAUGCAAUGCCGAUGAUCCAACAUGUUCUCUUCUUGCUCUUGCUCUUCCGAUCGGAUUCCAUCACCUCUCAGUUCACCGAAUUCCAAAUAGACCCUGAGAAUCCUCGCCCUUUUUCCGCACGAGAGCCUUCUAGAAGUGCUGCAAACAGGCUUUCGAGACCUUUGACUGGAGAAGAUGGGAAGAUUUACGUUUGUUCAGGGAAGAAUUUGUAUGCAUUUGAAAGUAAUGGUACCAUUUCUUGGACCAUAAAUCUUGGGUACACAUGCCAUGCUGGUAUGGCUCCAGUUCAUGGCAGUCGAGGGAAGAUAUAUUUAGUCGCAGAAAACAGAGUCCUGAAGAUAAGCUUUUUAGACAUUGCAACUUCCCCACCUGCUACUGAAGUUUUCUUUGGUCCAGUACCAGAUCAAGAGGGACUGCUUGAAAUUAUUGGGCUCUCAGUAAGCACAAUGAGUUCAUCUGUAUUUAUCAAUGUCAAGAAUCGAGGACUUUUUGCAUACAUGACACGUGGACAACUACUUUGGAGUGCCGGACCUAUGCUUGACCGAUUUGGCUACCGUCUAGGUUGCAGGAAAAAUGUUACAGGUUGUUAUUUUACUUCGGCGCCCAUGGUUGAUCAAUGCGAAGCUAGUAUAUAUAUUUCAAAUACUGUAGGGGAAUUAUAUUGUCUGUCGAUCCGUAGCCCUAACCUCAAAUGGAUCCAGGAUUUUAGUUCUCUCGACAAGAUUUUCACCAUCACCCCUGGAAACAAUGGUCGUUUGUAUGUCACUGUACCAGCUAAGGCCCUUUUGCUGGCACUAGAUGCUUCUUCCGGUACUGUUUUAUGGCAGAGAAGUAUCGGCCCCUUGAGUACAGCAGAAUGCACACCAGUUGUUGAUUCUCAUGGUUGGGUAUCCAUUGGCUCACUAGAUGGGUUCCUAUACUCAUUUUCACCGACUGGGAUACUUAGGAAGUUUUCAAAAGAACAUACACUGCAUUUUGUUGUUCAAGUUGGUCCACUGCUUGACUGUUCUGGCUAUGCAGUUUAUCUUUCUCAGACAGAAAUGGAGGGAAAGAUCGGCCGCACAAUUGAUGAAUACACUUACUUCUCAGCAAUGCGACCGAAAACUGUAAUCUUCACUCUGUUGGUUCCAGCAAUUGGGACCAUCUAUUGGUCUGAAAGCUCUCCUGGUCAGUUCUCGUCCUUAUUAUCUGAGAGUGAUUUGCGCCAAUUUGUACUGGAUGAGGGGAUCCUUCUUGCUUUCUUUGCUGCCUCAAAGAUCCACAGCCCACUGCAAUGUCGCAGCAAAUAUCAGAAGCUUGCAUCCAGCUGUUCGCAAGCAAGUCCCAAGCAUAUCGUCAUCUACACAGGUAACGAAAGAGCAAUAAUAUGGCUUCUGCUCUUUGAAUCUGCUGUACUCAUUAUUCUAGCUGGGAUCGUACGAUUCUGUUGUGUAUUUUGGAGGAAAAAGAAGCUUCAAGGUCAAAACCUUGGAAGUUUCCUAGAAAAGCGACGUUCCCUCCAGCUAAAAAAGAAAGUCUUCGACAGGACAAUUACAGAGCUUAAGCAGAAAGCAGCAAAGGAGGUAGUGGCCAAUGAAGUUGCUGAAAAGUUGGGGGAGAUGGUACGAGAAAGGGAAGGCAUAGAGAGGAAGCUCUCAACAACAUACAGUCUGGGCAAGGAUAGGACUGGAUCUCUCUCAAAAUCUCUGCUUCCACUAUAUGAUGGGAAAGCAAGGAGCUACUCUUUUCAAGGUGUAAUGAAAGAGAGCGUGACAGUAUUCCACACACUUAGUGACACUACUUCUGGAGAAAGCAGCAGUGAGAAAGAGACCGACUCGGAAUUUCACGAUGAGGAAUCAACAGCAAAAGCAAAGGCACCCAUGGAAGCAGAAAGCUCAAGCGAUGAAGGGAGCUUUGGAAGAGACUACGGGAGAAGUCCAUUAGUGAUCACCGCAUCAAGUUCAAGAGGCUUACCGAUCCAUUUCCAAACAAUGGAGCAAGAAGCAGGGGAAGUGAAGAUCAUGCAUGAUGAGGAGGAAAUUGAAUCCACCCGAUCAAGUGGUAGCAAAUUAAGGUUAACGAGAAGGAAGGCCUUGUCUUCAACGAAUUAGAGAGCUAGAAUUGAUCAUAUUUGUGAGUGUAUAUAUACACUCACAAAUGAGAUGAACUAGUUUGAAAAUCUAUUACAAGUUUAAUUGCUUAUUUACACAUUUAAUACACUAUUGAUAUAAAAAUAUUCCA